GGAAGGAAGGCGGUCGCCCGCCCUCGCGCUUCAGUCCCAUUCAGACACUGAGCGGAGAGGCGGGCCGGGCCGUGCUGCCCCUUUAAGAGGAGGCGGGGCGCAGCCUGCCGUUUGGCCGCCCUCCGUACCCUCCCCCCGCCCGGGCCGAGAGUUGACAGACCAAUCGCCCGGGUGGCGAAGGGAAGGCGGGAGAAUGCGAACCCUGCGGUAGGGCGGUAGGGGCGGGCCCCUGGGCCUCUCAGGAGGGAGCCCUGCGCAGGCGCAGAGGCGGCCGCAGCCGGAGGGGCGGGGGCAGCCCAGCGAGAGAGACUCUCCGGCAGGCGCGGGAGGGUGAUUGGGAGAAAAGCGGACAGCGAGAGGCUUGUCAUGGGGAUCCGAGUUACGGGGCGGCAUUGGUAGCAUCUGGGGCCUCCCGGGGGGACCGGAAGUGUCAACGCCCGGGACCCCGGCGCCAGCUCCGCUAGGGGAGGUCGGGGGUGGGGGGGUCCCUGCUGCUCUAGUCCUGGGGAGGGAGGGGGGGAAGGAGGGAGCCGCGAUCUCGCCCCGCCCCUGGGCUUGUUACGGCGGGGGCGGGGAGUGAGGGCUUCUUUGGGGGGGGGAGGGAGCGGAGAUCGGGGGACUCGGCAGUGCCCUCCGGAGUGGCGGCCGGUGUCCCCGCGGCGCCGGGCUGCCGAGCCGAGGAGCCGCGGCGGCCGUGGCUGUUGCAUGUGUGGCUGCUGGAUGCGGAGGCGGCGGCGGCGGUGGCGGCGGCGGCGGCAGCAGCGGCAGGAUGUUAGGGCAGCAGCAGCAGCAGCAACUCUACUCGUCGGCCGCGCUCCUGACCGGCGAGCGGAGCCGGCUUCUCACCUGCUACGUGCAGGACUACCUCGAGUGUGUGGAGUCGCUGCCCCACGACAUGCAGAGGAACGUGUCCGUGCUGCGGGAGCUGGACAACAAAUAUCAAGAAACAUUAAAGGAAAUUGAUGAUGUCUAUGAAAAAUACAAGAAAGAAGAUGAUUCAAACCAGAAAAAACGCCUCCAGCAGCAUCUCCAGAGGGCAUUAAUCAAUAGUCAAGAACUGGGAGAUGAAAAAAUUCAAAUUGUCACACAGAUGCUCGAAUUGGUGGAAAACCGGGCAAGGCAAAUGGAGCUACACUCCCAGUGUUUUCAAGAUCCUGCCGAAAGUGAGCGAGCUGCGGAUAAAGCGAAGAUGGAUUCCAGCCAACCUGAACGAUCUUCGAGAAGGCCCCGCCGGCAGCGGACCAGUGAAAGCCGAGACCUGUGUCACAUGACGAACGGGAUUGAGGACUGUGACGAUCAGCCCCCCAAAGAAAAGAAAUCCAAGUCCGCCAAGAAAAAGAAACGCUCCAAGGCCAAGCAGGAAAGAGAAGCUUCCCCCGUCGAGUUUGCAAUAGAUCCCAACGAACCUACAUACUGUUUAUGUAACCAAGUGUCUUACGGGGAAAUGAUCGGAUGUGACAAUGAACAGUGUCCAAUCGAAUGGUUUCACUUCUCGUGUGUUUCACUUACCUACAAACCAAAGGGGAAAUGGUAUUGCCCAAAGUGCAGGGGAGAUAAUGAGAAAACGAUGGACAAAAGUACUGAAAAGACAAAAAAGGAAAGAAGAUCGAGGUAGUUAAAGGCCAUCCACAUUUUAAAGGGUUGUCUUUUAUAUAAUUCUUUCAGAAUUUAAUUUCAGAAAAUGUUUUAGGGUAAAUGCAUAAGACUAUGCAAUAAUUUUUAAUCAUUAGUAUUAAUGGUGUAUUAAAAGUUGUUGUACUUUG